AUGAAAUUAACCACGAAAAACUUUCUCUUCUGGCGUACCCAACUUGUACCAUUCCUCCGUGGACAAGGUCUCCUGGGGUAUGUCACCGGCGAUACACCUUGUCCACCUACCACGCUUGAGUCUCCAGCGUCCGGUGAAGCUGCCUCCGGCGCCACAACAACCACCACCACCUCGAACCCGGCUCACGGCCUAUGGAUACAGCAGGACCAGAGCAUACUGUCUCUGCUUGUGUCAUCAAUGGCGGACGAGGUACUCUACCUCGUCGUCGGCCGUACAACGUCGCAUGAGGUGUGGUCUUCGAUCACGGCGGCACUGGGUUCCUCGACCAGGGCGAGAUGCCUCAAUUUGUUGGCUCAAUUCCAAUCACUCAGGCAAGGUGACAGCACUCCCGCCGAGUAUCUCGGCCGUGCGCAGCUGUUAGUGGAGGAUCUAGCGUUGGCCGGCCGUCCGGUCUCGCUUGACGAGCAGAACCUCUGGGUUUUCCGAGGUCUCCGGCCAGAAUUCCGGUCGAUGGCUUCAUCCCUCGCGGCAUCCGGCACACCGGUGUCGAUUCCCCAGCUCUCGGACUAUCUCCAAGCCUAA